AUGGGUAUCACCAUUUCCAAGUUGUUCGACAAGUUUUUGGGGAAGAAGGAGAUGCGAAUUCUGAUGGUCGGUCUCGAUGCCGCUGGUAAAACCACCAUCCUCUACAAGCUCAAGCUCGGUGAAAUCGUCACGACGAUUCCCACCAUUGGCUUCAACGUCGAGACUGUCGAGUACAAGAACAUCCAGUUCACCGUGUGGGAUGUCGGCGGUCAGGACAAGAUUCGCCCUCUGUGGAGGCAUUAUUUCCAGAACACUCAGGGUAUCAUAUUCGUCGUCGACAGCAACGAUCGCGACCGUAUCCGCGAGGCCCGCGAUGAGCUCCAGCGCAUGCUGAACGAGGAUGAGCUGCGAGAGGCUAUUCUGCUCGUCUUCGCCAACAAGCAGGAUCUUCCUAACGCCAUGAACGCUGCCGAGAUCACCGACAAGCUCGGCCUCCACAGCUUGAGACAACGCGCUUGGUACAUCCAGUCCACCUGCGCCACCUCUGGUGAUGGCCUGUACGAGGGUCUGGAGUGGCUCUCCACCACCCUCCGCAAGGCCGGUCAAUAG